AUGGCGUUUUUAAGAACCAGCCAACGACUGUCGCAGUCACUCACUUCCCACUCCGGUUUUAUUCGCCUCUAUUCUUCCAAACCUCAAGCAUACAACAUCGAGUCAAUUCUCGCCGAACCAAGCUGGUCAGUCCGGUCUCUCCUUCCAGACCAGUCCUCAGAGCCUUCUACACCAUCAAUCACACCAAAGCAACUUCACCACCUCCUUCGCCUCUCGGCCCUCCCACAACCAGCCAGCGCAGAGGAGGAGCAAUCCAUGCUGAAGACCCUCGAAUCGCAAAUUCAUUUCGUGAAAGAAAUGCAGAGCGUGGAUACAACAGGCGUCGAGCCCUUGCGCAGUAUCCGUGACGAGAGCCCUGCUGCGGUGAAGGAGAUGACCAUUGGAUUCGAUAAGCUCAAGGAUACCAUUGCGAGAGAGCGCGUCACGGGGAGGAGGCGGCGAGUUCAGCGCGUCCAGGACAAAAGAAAUACUCACCCAGAUGGGUCAGCUUGGGAUGGGAAUGCGCUCGCAUCGGCGUCUAAGACCAAGGGCCCAUAUUUUGUUGUCGAUACCGGCAGUGGCGCAGCUUCUUAG